GGGAACUUCAGUCUUGUUUCAGUUUUCAGUCGCGCGUUAUACCUCAAUACAGACGCAAGAUUUUCUUGAAAUAACGUACUUAUUUUUCCUGAAUUUUCGGAUGGUUGGGUCGUGGUCUUAGUGAUUUAUUUUGGGGAUGUUAAAAAUUGACUUUCCAGUUGCGGAACAAUGGUAAUUUCCUCAGCUUUCCCCCACUCUACCAAAUGACAUGGGUCAGAAGGCCUCCCAUCAAGGGGGCAGCAUCAAUGAAAAAAAGUUACCGAUAUCCCUCUUCCCUCUCAAGCUCCAUACCACCAGUCAUCGCCAUUCUGAGCAAUCCGUCAAGUUCCAGUACAAGAACAAGAGGAAAAACGAUGCGAAACAGACGAACUGCGUGAAACAGAACAUCGUGAACAGCCAGAACAUUCAGCUGAACAAUUUGAACAAAUCCAACCAAAGCAAGCACACGAACGAAUGUAGGCUAGUUAAAACCCAAAACGCACCUACAGUUGGCAGAGCAAAAUCUGAACCUAGUCUGGUACCCGUGAAACGUAGAGAAAAAUAUACCAGGCACCGCAGGAAAAGUACCAAGAUCAAAAACAAUUGGGACGAAGAUAUAGAGCAAUUCGGUUAUGACAUACAAGAUGUCGAUGCAUUUCUAGCUAAGGCAACUAUUGAAGAACCAGCAAAUAUACCGGUGGUCUUAGCAUUUCCUAGCGUGCUAUACCAAACGAGGAUUGGUGGAUACCAGGCAGAGAUCUGGUUACCCCUUGGAAUGGUUGUGAACGCUGUCUUCAAGAACCAGCACUGGUUAUACGUGCAGACUCCUCAUGCGGAGGAAGGUUACGUCAGUUAUGCUGCUUGUCUGCCAUUAGGUAUCAUACCAUCAUCUGACGAUGACAAUAAGCCAGCACCUUGUUGGGAAAAGAGCACGGAUGUUUUUCCCAAACCUUCGGGCAACAUGACUGACACAGAAAAACUCAGUUCCAAAUCAGAUUGCGAGGAUUCCGGCAGAUGUCGUAUCAGGUCUCGAAACGUCGCCAGUUCUUGUGGCGAAAGAAGCGUCGACCAACUCUACCUACGAGCCACCGCCAUCUUGAAAUCCAAGGGCAAAGACGAGGGCAUCAGACAGACGCUGUUAGUCAUAGAAACCGAUUUUCUAGGCACGGCGCCGAACGAUUUUUCCGCUGUACAGGGAGAGGUUGUUUUCCUGUUGCACGCCAAUGUAAGGGGGUGGUUCUACGUGAGGAACAAGGAGGGAAGAGAGGGGUACAUCCCCGCAGCUGUCGCUGGUCAUGGAUUUUUGUAAAUAAGGAAUUUUGUGCUAUAGUAUUUAUUUUUUUUUAAUAAAUUUGUUGUUAUAU